GCGCUGCCUGCAGAUGGGGCACACCCUGCGGGAGGGGCCGGUACCCAGCAGCAGCAGCAGCCUGAUACAUUGUAUCACUGGGAUUACAGACCACACAGAGCCGCCGCCUGAUACAUUGUAUCACACAGAGCCGGCGCUGUACCCGCAUCAUCCCCCCCGGCUGCGGCAUGAUCGGAGCGUCUGCCAGGCUGGCCCGUGACCGGGCUCUGGCCUCCGGCUAUGGCACCAAUGAGAAGGCUCUGAAGUACCUCAACCAGGACUAUGAGGCACUGAGAGCGGAGUGCCUCCAAGCCGGGACCCUGUUCAAGGACGUCUCAUUCCCGGCCAUACACUCCUCGCUGGGGUUCGACGAGCUGGGGCAGAACUCCUCCAAAGCCCAGGGGGUGGUGUGGAAGAGACCGACGGAUCUGUGUUCCAACCCUCAGUUCAUCAGUGGAGGAGCAACUCGGACUGAUAUUUGUCAAGGAGCACUAGGGGACUGCUGGCUGCUGGCCGCCAUUGCCUCGCUCACGCUCAAUGAGCAGAUCCUGUCCCGGGUGGUCCCCACAGACCAGAGCUUCCAGGACAGCUAUGCAGGAAUAUUCCAUUUCCAGUUCUGGCAGUUUGGCGAAUGGGUGGACGUGGUGAUAGAUGAUCGUCUGCCGACCAAAAACGGGGAACUUGUCUUCCUGCACUCCGCUGAGGGGACUGAAUUCUGGAGCGCACUGCUGGAGAAAGCCUAUGCCAAGCUGAAUGGCUCUUACGAGGCUUUGUCUGGCGGUGCCACCACUGAGGGCUUCGAAGAUUUCACCGGGGGUCUUGCCGAGUGGUACGACCUGAAGAAGGCUCCAGCCGAUCUCUACAAGAUCAUACAGAAGGCUCUGAAGACUGGCUCGCUCCUGGGCUGCUCUAUAGAUAUCACAAGCGCCGCCGAGACGGAGGCGAUUACUUCCCAGAAACUGGUGAAGGGCCACGCCUACUCCGUGACUGCCGCAGAAGAGGUAGACUACAGAGGUCGCCAGGAGAAGCUGAUCCGAAUUCGAAAUCCCUGGGGAGAAGUUGAGUGGACCGGAGCCUGGAGCGAUAACUCAAGUGAAUGGAAUGCUGUGGAUCCCAGCGAGAGGGAACGACUGAUCAAGAGGUGUGACGAUGGAGAGUUUUGGAUGGCCUAUAAUGAUUUCCUCAGACAUUACUCGAGGCUGGAGAUCUGUAACCUCACCCCAGACACCCUAGAGUCCGACAAAUACAAGAAGUGGAGUAUGGUCAAGAUGGACGGAAUGUGGAGAAGAGGUUCUACGGCCGGGGGAUGCCGGAAUUUUCCAGAUACGUUCUGGAUGAACCCGCAGUACAUGAUAAAACUGGAUGAGGCUGAUGAUGAUCCGGAUGACGGGGAGGAAGGCUGCACCUUCAUUGUGGGUCUGAUACAGAAGAACCGCAGGAAGGCGAGGAAGAUGGGAGAGGACAUGCACACCAUUGGAUUCGCAAUCUACGAGGUCCCGCCGCAGAUGCAGGGCCAGACCAACGUCCACCUGGGCUUAAACUUCUUUCUGAGGAACAAGGCCAAAGACCGAUCGGACACCUUCAUAAACCUGCGCGAAGUUCUCAACCGAUUCCGCCUGCCCCCCGGAGAGUACAUCAUCGUCCCUUCCACCUUUGAGCCCAACAAAGUGGGCGACUUCUGCGUCCGUGUCUUCUCCGAGAAGAAUGCAGAGUCUCAAGUUGUCGAUGAUGAGAUUGAGGCCAACAUUGAUGAGCCUGAUCUGAAUGAAGACCAUAUUGAUCCGAAUUUCAGGCGGCUGUUCCUGCAGCUGGCGGGUGAGGACAAGGAGAUCUCCGCAUUCGAACUUUAUAAUAUUCUAAAGAAGGUGAUUUCAAAACAGGUGGACAUCAAAUCUGACGGCUUCAGUAUAGAAACCUGCAAGACCAUCGUUGAUCUGCUGGAUAAUGAUGGGUCCGGAAAACUAGGACUGACCGAAUUCAACAUUCUCUGGUCAAAAAUCCUGAAAUACCAAAAAAUUUACCAGGCUAUCGACGUGGAUCGUUCCGGGACCAUGAACUCCUGCGAGAUGAGGAAAGCCCUGGAGGCGGCAGGAUUUAAGUUGAACUCCCAACUGCACCAAAUGCUCGUGGCCCGGUUUGCGGAUGACGACCUCGCCAUAGACUUCGAUAACUUUGUGAGAUGUCUGCUGCGGCUGGAGAUCAUGUUUAAACUGUUCAAGAAGAUGGAUGCAGAUGACAGCGGCGUGGUGCCUCUUUCUAUGGAUUCUUGGAUGUCCUAUACUGUACUAUGAGACACUGUGACGAGGAGAUGGAUGCCGGACUCGCUAUGCACCAGGAGAAACUGGAGGACAAAAAAUGUCCGAAAUGUUAUGUUUAGGAUUAUGUGCCUUUGUGGGUCAUCUUACUGUCAAAGGGACAGACCCUACUUAUCCCACAGCCGCUACGCAGGAAUGUAAACCCCUUUAUAGAGGGUCCAGCCAUACGGCCACUAGGACUAUGCAUCUGGAAGGGCUCUUUAAUUUGCCUUCAAGCUCAUUGCUACAACUGCCUACAGCAUCAACCAAACUGUUUUUAUCCAGGAGAAUAAUUUCUUAGAUUAUGGGACGUAGGACAAAUUAUAAAGUGGAGCCACUGACAAGACACAGGCAGCCAUCAGAAGCAUUAAUCCCUGACAACACAGGCAGCCGUCAGAAGCAUUAAUCACUGACAGGACACAGGCAGCCGUCAGAAGCAUUAAUCACUGACAGGACACAGGCAGCCAUCAGAAGCAUUAAUCACUGACAGGACACAGGCAGCCAUCAGAAGCAUUAAUUACUGACAGGACACAGGCAGCCAUCAGAAGCAUUAAUCACUGACAGGACACAGGCAGCCGUCAGAAGCAUUAAUCACUGACAGGACACAGGCAGCCAUCAGAAGCAUUAAUCACUGACAGGACACAGGCAGCCAUCAGAAGCAUUAAUCCCUGACAACACAGGCAGCCAUCGGAAGCAUUAAUUAGCGAAGAUAAGACGUAAGGCGCGCUGUGACGUCACUGGUUCCCUGCUAAGGGUGAGGCUCCACCCCAUGAAUAGUGGUCUCCAUGGCUUCUCUCUGCGUGUGGUAUAUGGGUACAUUAAGGGGGAGUGUGACAGUAACAGGUGAUGUGGUUUUAGGCAAACUAGUCUCAGUGUUCACCAAUAAAUGAUCUAUGCAAAACUGGAAGUGCUAUAUUUUAGGACGAGAGGUAUUUAUAUAUAAGGAGCAAUGCUCAGGACGUGUUCUGCAACUUUAAUAUAUACUGGUAAAUAAAAGGCGUGAAAUAACAA